AGCUAACGCUUUGUUGUGCGUAGCACUUGAAUCACAGAGCCAUUAUUACGUGCAACCCCUUGUUACAGUGAGCGAGAGCAUGGGACGUGGCAAUGCCGCAAAGGACCAGCAAGGCCUGGGCCUGGAAUGGCCGCUAUCUUUUGGGUGCAUAUUCUUGAACUAACUUACACUACCUGAGGCCCAGUUAUAGGAGGCAAGAAGCCUCCUUGCGUCCUUGGACAGGGCGAUGGCUGUUAGGACCGUAGGGUUGUCCUGGCUCGAGGCCCUCCAGUUCCUAGCUGAACCGCUCGACUGCUCACCAAAUUCGACUGCAAACCUUUUAGUCAUAUCAGCUGGCGGCAGGGGCUCCUCGCCAACUGCUCCCUGGGGCCAUCCGCUUCUCGAUGACGUCUGGCGACUAUCCUGCCGCACGCAAGCGCGCCCAGCCAUACUCCUCCUCCUCUUCCUGGCUGCUGCAAUCCUCCUAGUCAUAACCCUACGCAACGUGUGCAUCAACCUGGUGCGCUGGUACGCUGCCGCCCGCGGCAGUGCCUUUGUCGCGGUCGCCACCGCCGCCCUGCGCGAGCUGCACGCCAGCGGGGCGCUGUUCGCCGCGGCGGCAGCGGGGGCAGCGGCGGAGGGGCAGGAGCGCGGUGACACCGCUGCCGCCGUCAGCCCUGCUGCUGCUGCCGAGGGGGGGAGCGGUGAAGAAAGUACGACAGCAGCCGCAGCAAGUGAUGGCAGUGGCAGUAACAGCGGGCUGAGCCUGUGGGUGGGCCGCCCUCGCCCCCCCAGUGCGCACCGCUGGUACGCGCCGCCCGCCCUCACGGCCCC